ACGGCGCUCACCGGUCACAAGUCAACAUCGGAUCUGAUCAUGUCGUGUCGAGGAAGCUCGGUCAGAUCACUUGAUCACACGCCCACCGCCACCAACUCGCCGAGUGCAUUUGAUCUGGACGGUCUGAAUGGGGCUGGCCCGGUUUGCUGUAGAUGCUGCCGCGGACGCCCAGACACUUCAGAGUCUUCAGCCUCUACACGCCUCAAAGGCACUUGGAAUUUAUGCUGGGCGUCCAUCAGAGUUCUGCAAAUCGGCAAGUACAGGCGUGGACAGACGCUUUCUGGGCCUGCUCAGAACCAUCCUGACUUGAACGGUUAG